GGUUAGGCAAUUUAAGACCCUUUUCUGUGAUUGUGAGGAACGAGUCUGAGUGGGUGGGGUCCAUGGGAGAAGGUGAGAGUGGAGUAAAGCAGAGGGGAUCAAGGGAGGGGAGAUCUGUGAAGAAAAUCUGGAAGGAGGAGGAAGAGGACGAAAAGGGGGAAAAGGGAGUCAUUGCUGGUCGUUGUAAGUGA